CAACAAAAGUGCUCCCAUUCUGAUAGAAGUUGUUUUGUAGGUUGCAAACUGCAAUUUGAUGGAUCUACUUCUACAAUGUUGCAUGGAUGACAUUCUUGAUGUUCGGCAAAGUGCCUUUGCUCUUCUAGGAGACCUUGCAAGAGUUUGUGCUGUACAUUUGCAUCCACAUUUGGCAGAAUUUCUCAAUGUUGCAGUGAAGCAACUGAGUACCCCUGAGAUGAAGAAGACUGUUUCGGUGGCAAACAAUGCAUGCUGGGCAAUUGGGGAAUUAGCAGUUAAGGUUCAUCAAGAAAUAUCUCCCAUUGUGAUGACUGUUGUUUCAUGCUUGGUCCCAAUUCUCCAACAUGCGGAGGGGCUCAACAAGUCGCUCAUUGAAAAUAGUGCCAUCACUCUUGGAAGACUUGCCUGGGUAUGUCCAGAGCUUGUUUCCCCGCAUAUGGAGCAUUUCAUGCAAGCAUGGUGUAUUGCUUUAUCCAUGAUACGUGAUGAUAUUGAGAAAGAGGAUGCUUUCAGGGGUCUAUGUGCAAUGGUUAGAGCAAAUCCAUCAGGGGCUUUGAACUCACUUGUUUAUAUGUGCAAAGCUAUUGCAAGUUGGCAUGAAAUAAGGAGUCAGGAUCUACAUAAUGAAGUUUGCCAGGUGCUAAAUGGGUAUAAACAGAUGCUUGGUAAUGGAGCAUGGGAGCAGUGCAUGUCUGCUUUGGAUCCUCCGGUGAAGGAUCGGUUAUCGAAGUAUCUUGUAUAAUGGUAAUCAGCCAAUGGGUGGGAUUUUUUUUUUUUUUGUUGGUGAUAGUUUCCAGUCUUCUUCAGAUCUCUAUUGAUGAUGUUAUUUUCUGCAUCUUGGGAUGGUGUAGUUGAACUAGUUUUAGGUUAGGAAAAAAUUGUUGGGGGUGCUACAAUCAUAGGUCCUCGUGCAAGCCGGAAGCUGAAGACUGGCCUCAUUGAAACAUUGUUGAUUUAAGAGAUGCAAGAAACACUAGGAAACAGGAGAAGCUGAGUUCAAGAGUGAAGAGGGGAUAGAAAGUCCAGAUAUGCGGCUCUUCAACUGCCUCUGAAGAUAUUCUUUGCCCAAUUGAGUUGUAUGUAUUAAUAAGAAUGACAUAAAUCACAAUCCUGUUGGUUCAUCAUUUUCUGCUCACAUAGUUAAUGUUUAUUCCAUGUCAGUGGAUAGGUUUUAUUCUGUAAUCCACUGAUUAGUCAAAAGGGGGGAGUGGGUGUAUUUAUUUGAAGUUUUGUCUAUUCAGUGCGUAUUGUUGUCUUUUUGUGUUCUAGCUGCCAUUUUAACAUUUUCUGUAUUUUCUUUAUUUUUACUUUGCAGCAGCUUGUCCUUAGAGGUGGAAGGUGUCCAGGGGGCCUGGAUAUCAUUUUUUUAUAUCAAUUUUAUUUGUUCCAUGAUUGUACUUUAUUUUCCAAUCAUGAAAUGUCUCUCCUAACCUGUAGGCCCUUUUUUUUUU